AUAGCAGAACUCUGUCCCUCGCUCCUUGGCAGGGCCCUAUGAUUUAUGCAGGAGCAGAGGCAGCACGCAAUCGAGCUGUCAAGAGAGCGUCAGCUUAUUAGGCAAAUGCUGCUGCGUGCUUUCUGAAGAGGGUCGACCGUUAUAAAAUCUCACUCCAGGCUCUGGUGUGGAGAAACUCAGAGCCCAAGUACGUUGUUGAGAGAGUGAAGAGAAAGAGAAGAGGCAAAGAAAAGGAGAAGAGAAAAGAGGGGAGAGAGGAGAAAGCACCAAGAGACACCCUGGGAGAGAGGUCCCUCUGCAGAGGCAGGAGUGCGGGCUCACCUGCUCAAGGAGAAGCGAGCGCCCCUAACAUGCGGCUGCGGCUGCUGGUGUCCGCGGGCAUCCUGCUGGUGGCUCUGUCGCCCUGCCCGCCUUGCAGGGCCCUGCUGAGCAGGGGAUCGGAUCCCGGAGCCCCGCGGGCCCCGCAGCCCCUGAAUUUCUUGCAGCCGGUGCAGCCUCAGCAACCUCAGCCGGUCCUGAUUCGCAUGGGUGAAGAAUACUUCCUCCGCCUGGGGAACCUCAACAGGAACCCCGCUGCUCGGCUGUCGUCCAACUCCACGCCCCUCCCCGGGGGCCGCGGCAGCCGCCCCUCGCAAGACCCGGCGGCCGCUAACUUUUUCCGCGUGUUGCUGCAGCAGCUUCAGAUGCCUCGGCGCUCGCCCGACAGCCGCGCGGAGCCGGCGGAGCACGGGGCCGGGGACGCCCUCGGUGGCCACCAGGGGGCGCUGGAGAGGGCGAGGCGGUCCGAGGAGCCGCCCAUCUCUCUGGAUCUUACCUUCCACCUUCUGCGGGAAGUCUUGGAAAUGGCCAGGGCAGAGCAGUUAGCUCAGCAAGCUCACAGCAACAGGAAACUGAUGGAGAUUAUUGGGAAAUGAAAUGGUGCGUUCGGCCAAACCGAUUCUGCAUUUACCACAAAAGUAAAAAAUAAAUAAAUAAAAUAUUAAAAACACAGUAUUCUGUACCAUACUGCAGCUCUGAUAUCGUUUGUUUAUUUUUAUACAGCUUGAAGCGCAGGAGAUGUACAGGAGAGAGCCUAUAUGCCCCUUCAUUAGCAUGCACAAAGUGUAUUUCUGUGCAGUGACAAAACAGCGUUAUUUGUAUUGCUCAUGCUUAGUUUCCACGUGCACAUAAGUGUCUUUAUAGUGAUAUCUUUAAAAACAAAAA